CGGCUUGUUGUCACCGCGCGGCCCCGCCCUCCGCAGUCCCCGGAUGAGGCAGGGCUCGGAGCCGGGAGCGGUCGGGGCGAUGGUGCGGUUGUGACAGAGGCAGAUUUUGAGCAGAAGGGGAUUGAAUACUUCAGCUGCGUUCACACGAUCAUCUUGAAUUUGAAUCGAGGGGACUACAGGCCUGUUUAAAUUGAUCAUGGACAGUGAAGGAAUCCCAACUUUUUCAAGUCCAAAGGAGGAAACUGCUUAUUGGAAAGAGCUUUCCUUUAAAUACAAACAAAGUUUCCAAGAGGCCCGGGAAGAGCUGGCUGAAUUCCAGGAGGGAAGCAGAGAAUUGGAAGCAGAAUUGGAGGCCCAGCUAGUGCAGGCUGAACAGAGGAAUAGAGACUUGCAGGCAGAUAACCAAAGACUGAAAUACGAAGUAGAAACAUUAAAGGAGAAACUUGAACACCAGUAUGCACAAAGUUACAAGCAAGUGUCAUUAUUGGAAGAUGACCUGAGUCAAACACGAGCCAUUAAGGACCAACUGCACAAAUACGUAAGGGAACUGGAACAGGCCAAUGAUGACCUAGAGCGUGCAAAGAGGGCUACAAUAGUUUCACUGGAAGACUUUGAACAAAGACUGAACCAGGCUAUUGAAAGAAAUGCAUUUUUAGAAAGUGAGCUGGAUGACAAAGAAUCGUUGCUAGUUUCUGUACAGAGGUUAAAGGACGAAGCAAGAGACUUACGACAAGAGUUAGCAGUACGGGAAAGGCAGCAGGAGGUUACUAGGAAGUCUGCUCCUAGUUCUCCAACUCUAGACUGUGAAAAGAUGGAUUCAGCUGUCCAGGCAUCUCUGUCUCUGCCAGCCACGCCUGUUGGAAAAGGAUCAGAAAAUAGCUUUCCUUCCCCAAAAGGUAUGCUGUGUAGCCUCUGUGAUUAUCUAGGGGCAGGAAGCUGUUUCCUGACAAACAGCACUAACACCAGCUCUGUUUUCACAGUGGGGUCUUGAAUAAACUGAGAAUUG